AUGCAAGAGGUUAGCAAUAGAGAGUUUGGAUUGCUGGAUGAGACUAGUUGGGUUGGUAUGUUCGCUAAACUUGCAGGGUAAAAGGAGUUAUAUCAAAAGAGUGAAGACUGGUCCAGACGGCCUAUCGAGAAUCGCGCCCGAAGCCGCGCACGGCCGGCCGAGGAACGAACGUUCCGCGCUCGGCCAACCGAUAUCGUCCGUGUCCGCCAAUCCACGGCCGAUCCCACGUACGACCCGGGAAACAUCGUCCCGCGGUCGGCCAACCACUUCAACGCCACCGCGCACGACCGCGCGCGAGCCGGGAAGGCAAGCCUCGCGGCCGCGCACAACCAUGUACCGCGGCCGAUCCAUCCGUCCGACCGGAAGCUCGUCCCCGUCCGGCCGAGACAUCGGCCAAAUCUUCCAUCCGUCCGACCCCGCGGCCGACACGAAACAUCCGGCCACGACCGUUCCGACUCGGCCACACGACCCGACUGUCCGGCCGAUCGUCCCGACCGACCGUCCGAACGCCGCGGUCGACCCGAAGCCGUUUUUGAAGCCCAAUCCGCACAAUUCAAGCCCAAAGCCGGCGCCGACUAG